AUGAGAGGGGUCCUGCACGGGUCUCUUUUGCUGCUGUUCCUGCUGCUGCUGAGAGCUGAAGCUGCUGCGCCCCACAGCGCCUGCAGCAGCAGCAGCCGUGGCUCCCCGUUUUGUGGAUCUGCUGCUGCUGCUGCUGCGCUGCUGCCCCCCCUGCCAACAGCAGCAGCAGCAGCAGCAGCAGCAGCUCCAGCAGGUCCCGCUGUAGGGCUGUUGCUAGCUUUACGUGGGGGGCAGCAGCAGCAGCAGCAGCAGCGUGAGGACCCGCAGGCAGAGCAGCAGGAGCAGCAGCAGCUGCUGCUGCAGCAAGAGAACCCACAGCAAAUCUACCCCCACGGGGGGCCAAAGGAGCAGCAGCAGCUUCAGCAGCAGCAGCAGCAGCAGCAACGCGAACAGCAGCCGCAUAGCGAGCAGCAGGACGAGCAGCAGCAGCAGCAGCAGCAAGAUGAGCAGCAGCAGCAGCAGCAGCAAGAUGAGCAGCAGCAGCAGCAGCAGCAAGAUGAGCAGCACCAGCAGCCGCAAGACGAGCAGCAGCAGCAGCUGCUGCAGCAGCAAGACGAGCAGCAGCAGCAGCAGCAGCAGCAGCAGCAGCAGCAGCAGCAGCAGCAGCAAGAAGAGCAGCAGCAAACUGAGUUUUGGGAGAACUUCGUGAUGGGUUUGUCUUCCAUAAAAGUCCACACAAAAACUUUGCUGCCGCCCACCCACAGAGACUACAGAAUUCAGCAAGAGCUGCUGGAGAUAGAAAGGCAGCAGCAGCAGCUGCUGCAGCAGCACGAGCAGCAGCUGCUGCGCCUUCGCCAGCAGCAGCAGCACCAGCAGCAUCCGCAGCAGCAGCAGCAAAACAACCCACAGCAGCAGCAAGACAACCAGCAGCAGCAGCAGCACCACAACCACCAGCAGCAGCAGCAGCAGCAGCAGCAGCAGCAGCCGCUGUUUACGGUGUACGUACACCCCAGCAACAUGCGGGAGUGGCUGGUGUCUCUCCACCUGCCAGCAAAAAGCAUUUAUAAAAACAAAAACUUUUUGCUGCGGCUGCUGCUGCCGCAGCAGUUUCCCUUCAAGCCCCCUUUGCUGCACUUCCUUAAACCAAGUAGGAAUUAA